AUGCCUGCUCUCGACGUCUUCCCCACCGCGACCAUCGCGCCAGUUUCUCCACUGAUCUUCUCCGGAUUCCUGGAGCACCUAGGUCGCUGCGUCUACGGCGGCAUCUUACCUGCGGGCCCCACGAACUUCCCAUACACGCCUCGCAAUCCUUGCCCCAAAGACCAGUUCGUCGAGACUCCAAAAGAGCUCCUGACCGCAGAGGGUUUCCGGAAGGAUGUUCUGGAAGUCUUGCGAGACGAGCUAGCGACGCCCAUGGUGAGGUGGCCGGGUGGCAACUAUGUGAGCUCGUACAAGUGGAAGGACGGGAUAGGGCCGUUGGAGGAAAGGAAACGACGCCCGGAGCUGGCGUGGGGCGGGGAAGAGAGCAACCUGUUCGGAACGGACGAGUUCAUUGCGUGGUGCCGAGUAGCCAAGAUUGAACCUUACAUCGUUCUGAACAUGGGCACGGGGACCCUCGAGGAAGCCCUGCACUGGAUCGAGUACUGCAAUGGAACAGGUGAUACCUACUACGCCAAUCUCCGGCGCAAGAACACGGGCAAGGACGAACCGCACAACGUCAAAUACUGGGGCCUCGGGAACGAAGUCUGGGGCGAAUGGCAAGUCGGCCAGCAGACCGCAUCUGCAUAUGCGACCAAAGCCCGCCAGUGGGCACACGCGAUCCGGCUCAUCGACCCCACCGUGAAGCUCGUCGGCUGUGGCGAGACGGGGCUCAACCACUGGGACGGGGUUAUCCUAGAUGAGCUCGUCGACAAAGUCGACUUGCACAGCAUACACCUGUACACAGGUUUCGGGGCUCGCGAUCGAUCGCAGAUCGAGAAGGAGUACGGGCGCGCCGUGUAUGGUCCCGAUGCCGCAGAGUACUCAAUCGAGAUUUGCAAGGGCCUGAUCAACAAGGCACGAGUCGCAAAGACCGCCAGCAAACCCAUCACCAUUGCCUUCGACGAAUACGGUGUGUGGGACGAGACGGUCGGCACGCCGGAGAAUGGCUUGGAGCAGUUCUAUGACUUGGCCGACGCGCUCGCGAUGGCGUCCUGGCUGAACGUCUUCGUCCGGCAAGCGGAUAUCGUCGAGAUGGCUUGCAUCGCGCAAAGCGUAAACGUCAUUUCGCCCCUGAUAACCAGCCCGACUGGACUGUUCCGGCAGACCAUCUACUGGCCGCUGUAUCUCUUCUCGCGGUACAUGCGGGGUGGGGUCUCCAUCCGCGUCUCCCUCUCGUCUCCGACUUUCUCUGGCGAGACACUUCCGCAGUGGAUAUCCUCGGUGAAGGGUCAGCCCAAGGAUCUCGAUGCCUCGGCGGUCCUCCACACGUCCGAAACCGGCCAGAAGAGCGUACGUAUCGCCGUGGUGAAUCGGAGCAAGGACAGUUCCUAUACCAGAGGCCCGAAGGAAGUCGAGGAGCACGAGCUGUGGCAUGAGGAUGUGAAAGCGCGGAACGGGUGGGGAAAGGAAAACGAAGUGAGCGUGAAGACGAAGAGAGCGGCCUGGACCGGAGAAUGGACCUUCAGAGAGCAUUCCUUCACGCUGCUCGUCCUAGACAUAGCCUGA